AUCAUCUAUAGUCAAAAAUCGUCAUGGAGUCAUCAUCGAGACAGUUUGUUGCAAUCAAAAUGUUUCACACAUGGAUAAUUUGGGUACAAACACCAUUACUUUGGGAAGGAAUGAUAUAAAUUUGAGCACCACAAUUGAGCUAGAAUAUAGAAUAGUAAAUUAUCGAUCGAAAGGAAUUGUUUAUUUAAGAAAUGUCCUGCAACUUCAUCCGCAGCCAAAUUUUAAAAUGUUUCAUAAACGUCAAGAACACAUGGAAAAGAAUUUGGAUGAUAAUAUUAUAAAGAUCCGUCCCAAAAGGGAAUAUUUUGUCAGAUUAACAUUUUCUGGACCAGUAAAACACAUUAGUACAUACAGAAUGCCGCUGGCUUUUGUAUUUCAAAUCGAAACGGAAAGAACAUUUACGUUGAUUCGUGAAAUGGUUGUCGUCAUCGAAGAUGUAUCCAAAGACGAAACUGCUGAACAGAGAAAUAAUAUUAGAAAGAUAUACACAGGAAAGUCUUGGAUUAGUUCAGAAAUUGUUCCUGCUAACCUUACGAGUGACCUGGAUAAAGAAUAUAUUGUGCCAAAGAUUUAUCGAAAGCCUAUACUGAAAUUUCUUAAGUUUGCAGAACUCAAAUUGGGUAAAAAAGAUUUAAUGAAAUUGCGAAAGUUUGAGAAAUUAUAUGAUGUCAAUGGAAUCGGCAUGACGAGAGAUAAUUACCUCUUUUAUUGCACGUGCCUGAUGUGGAUGGAAGAAAUUACAGAAGACAGAGAACUUCGGAAAUAUAACAUGGAAGCUGUAACCAUGACCGUGUCUCCCAGUCCCAUGAAUGCAAAUGCCACUCUCGAAGUGCCAGGUUUGGCAGAAAAGAGACCCUCUCUGGUGGUCGGGGACCGGGCACAUGUUAGAAUCCAUCAGGAGGAUCCGACUAAAUACAGAGGCUGUCGCAUCUACGAAGGAGUCAUUAGUAAAGUUCUAGACACUGCUAUUGAAAUCGAUGAAUUUAAUAAAGAUUUCCUCGAUGAAGUAACAAGCAAGACGUUGGUGGACGUCAGAUUCAUCAUGUCUCGUCUCAGAUAUCAACGGAUACACAGGGCUCUGUCUUAUUAUAACAAUUUUGUUGACAGGCUAUUUCCACGAGCUUUCGAUAGACAGAAGGUUCAGAAUGAAAAUUUUAUUAGAUCAAGAGCUCAUGGUUCAGGAGAUGCAAAUAGUAGCAAAUCAGUAAAUUAUGAUGACACGAGUACUAGUAUAUGUAAUGGUAUCCCAAAUGGUGAAGGCGAAAAUUGGGAAAUCUCAACGUCACCCAAGAAAAAGCAAAGAAAUAGAAUUUACAGGGAAAACAGAAGUAACAGUACUAGCAAAUGGAUUACUGAAUUCGAUUACAUGAACAAGCUAAUUUGUGACAACAAGGAACAGAAAGUGGCCAUCGAGAACAUUGUGAACAAAUCUUCAGGCAUUGCUCCUUAUAUUCUAUUCGGGCCUCCUGGUACAGGCAAAACUGUAACGAUUGUCGAAGCUAUUGUGCAAAUAAUCAAACACGUUGAGAACCCGAAAAUAUUGGUCUGUGCACCUGCAAAUAUGGCAUGCGAUAUGCUUACUUGUAAAUUGAGACCGUACUUUAAUCGAGGGGAACUGAUUCGGAUACAUUCGGCUAACAGAGAAUUUGAUUCAAUACCCAAAGAGAUAUAUCCGUACAGCAAUUUGGAAUUAGAUCCGAUAAAUGGAAAAGCAUGCGGGGCUGUCCAAGUCAAAACUUCUGCAUUGUGUAGUGGCAAUUACAAAGUUGUUGUCUGUACGUUGAUGUUGGCAGGAAAAUACACAAAACCGACUAAGUUUUUGAGAGACGAAGAUCUUAAAUUCACACACCUUGUCAUUGACGAAGCAGCUCAGUCUAUGGAAACGGAGACUCUGAUACCAUUGGCUGGACUCUUGAAGGAAGACGGUCAAAUGAUAUUGGCUGGUGACCCUAAACAACUGGGACCCAUCUGCCAGAGCCAUACCGUUAAGAACAUUGGACUGGGUAUAUCGUUGAUGGAAAGGUUAAUGUUGACCAAUAAACUGUAUGAAAGCAAAGCCGGACAUAGAGAUGAAAAGUACAUCACGAAACUGGUUAAGAACUUCCGUUCGCAUCCUGAUAUUAUUAAAAUACCAAACAAAUUUUUUUAUGAUAACGAGCUGCAGCCUUGUUCGAAAAAAGCAUUAUCGGAUCCUAUUGUCAAAUGUGACGUGUGGGAUGAGUUAUUAUUCGGUGGAGAAGCUAUCGAAUUUUAUGGAGUUUCGGCUAGUGAAUGUAGACAAGGACACUCACCGAG